GACAUCGCCGGAUACUUUGAAGGUGCAGCAAGUAAAUCACUUGAAAGGCAUCGAGAAUAUUGUACUUGUAUUGGAAAUAAGAAAUAAAGUUUUUGUAACCGAUCGUGUGUGCGAACUGGCGUUUUAAUAAGUUUCCCCUUUAUGCACAACGUCGUCGGCCAAGUGCAAAAGCCGCCCCACAAAGACAUAACAAACAAGAGAUAAGUAGUUUUAGUGACAUUCGAGGUGCAACUCUUUGAACGAGUGCUGUCGGCGGCUUAAUCAAUGGAGGUAGUAAUUAGACGUUCCCCACUCGCUUUGUCGGCCCCUAAAGUACCAAUACCCCUCUCCAAGGCACCCCACAGUCUGCGCGAGUUUCCUCAAUCUCAUCUCUUCCCUACGUCUUCAUUCUGAUUCUGAUUACUCUUCCGAUAAAAGUACGCCGGACUUAUUUCGGUUACGAGAAUGACGGUCCGGGUAUGUCCGAGUGUGUUAACACCAGUUGUUUUUUAACAAGGAUCGAAAGCUUUUUUAAAGCAUGCCUCAAGGAUGAGCAAAUCUUUACCAGUUGUCCUGGCUUUAUUUGUCUCCGGGUUGCUGUCCAGUUCCGCACAUGAAAACUCUUUGCCUCAUCACAGAUCGGUUAUAAGAGCAAAUUUAUACUCCGGGAACACUGUAUGUAGAACCACUCCGGGGUUUAGCAGACUGCAGCUCGAGCUUUGUUAUCGUUAUCCGGAAGAAAUGUUGGCAGCUCUUCAAGGAAUCAGACAGGCAGUAAAAGAAUGCCACUAUCAGUUUUUUAAUUAUAGGUGGAAUUGUUCGUCGCUUUCGACGAAAACCAAAAAUCCUUACACCAGUGGCAUUUUUCGAAAAGGAUUCAGGGAAACUGCUUUUGCCUACGCCAUAUCCUCAGCCGGUAUUGCCAUCUCAGUGGCGAAGAGCUGCAGUCGAGGUGUGCUCACGAAUUGCGGCUGUGAAAUGCACCAACACAGGCACAACAACACCAAGGGCGCCUGGAAAUGGGCCGGAUGCUCGCAUAACUUGCACUACGGAAGCAAAUUCUCAAAAAUGUUUUUCGAAUCGAAGGAAGUGAACGACGACAUACACUCGCAAGUCAGUCUACACAACAGCAAAAUUGGUCGAAUGGUACCCAAAACAGUUUUCGCCAACAUGCAGAUUAAAUGCAAGUGCCACGGCCUGUCGGGAAGCUGCGAACUGAAAACGUGCUGGAAACAAGUUCCAAAUUUUCAUUACGUUGGAAAAUCCCUCAAGGAAAAAUUCGAAUCGGCCAUUCAAGUCGACCAGGCGAAUUAUUUCACAAAUCGGAAUUUCAAAAUAAUUAAUUAUAAGAAAAAACUGAAGCAACGGAUCAAAUCGCGACAGUGGACUCCUCACAAGAAAAAGCACAAGCGCGGUCUGAAGAACAAUCUGUUAUUUUACGAAAAGAGUCCGCACUUUUGCGACGCUGCUCCGCCUCUGGACGUUUGGGGCACCUCUGGGAGACUCUGCAGUUUAAAUGCCACCGACCAGAGCAGCUGCUCGUCUCUGUGUUGCGGAAGAGGCUACAAUUUGGUCAAACAACGGCGGACGGUAUCCUGCUUUUGCGUUUUUCGCUGGUGUUGCACAGUCGAAUGCCGAGACUGCAUCGAAGAAAAGUGGAUCAGUAUUUGUAAAUAAAUGAUUUACCCACA